AUGUCUAUCAAUAUUACCUAUGUGAUGUGGCUGCGCAUGGAAUUCGACUCGUUCGAAGUCGUUAAGGAAAAUAGUCUUCACGUUGCUGGUCGCCACCCACGAUUAACAUUGCGUAAUUUGAUCCUGAAGCCCUCAUGGAACUGUCUUGCAGCUGCUAAGCAUCUCAACGCAUCUCAACGCGGCAUUUACAUUCAGGGGUCCCUCGAGCUUGCAAGGUACUAA